AUGCCAACGCAGAAGAUGGGUUCUUGGGAUGUUUCCAUGUCGAGCCAUGCGGGCCUCGUCGUGAACCCCAUUCGUUCCAUAUCGGACAACGCAAAGCCGUCGCCAUCCCCCAAGCCGAUCAUUAAGCUCUCCGUCGGUGACCCGACACUCGACAAGAACCUUCUCACGCCGGGAAACCACCUGGAGAAGCUGAAGAAGGUGGUUGACUCGCAGGACUGGAACGGCUACCUCCCAACUGUGGGGGCACCGGAAGCCUGCGAUGCCAUUGCGACGUGGUGGCGCAACUCGUUUGUCCACAACAAGCAGCUGAAGAGCUCAAUCGUGAAGGAUAACGUGGUGGUCUGCUCUGGCGGCUCGCAUGGCAUUCUCAUGGCCAUCACGGCGAUCUGCGACGCGGGCGACUACGUCCUGGUGCCGAAGCCAGGCUUUCCGCACUACGAGACGGUGUGCAAGGCGUACGGCAUCGGCAUGCACUUUUACAACUGCCGGGCGGACAAUAACUGGGAGGCCGACCUGGACGAGAUUCGGCGAGUGAAGGACGACAAGACGAAGCUGAUUGUGAUAACGAACCCGUCCAACCCGUGCGGCAGCAACUUCCGCCGCCAGCACGUUGAGGACCUCGUGCGGACUUGCCGAGGAGCUGCGCUUGCCCAUGUUCGCGGACGAGAUCUACGCCGGCAUGGUCUUCAAGGGCAAGGACCCCAACGCGACGUUCACCUCCGUGGCCGACUUCGACUCCACGGUGCCGCGUGUGAUUUUGGGAGGCACUGCGAAGAACCUCGUUGUUCCGGGCUGGCGUCUGGGCUGGCUGAUCUACGUUGA